AUGAUAAUGAAUUCGUAUGAACAACAUGAAUGGGGAGUUAAAAAAAUGACCGAGUUAAAAGAAAAAUGCGAACAAAAAUGCGAAGAAAAAUGCGAACAAAAAUGCGAAGAAAAAUGUGAAGAAAAAUGCGAAGAAAAAUGUGAAGAAAAAUGUGAAGAAAAAUACGACAUAGGAAGACAUUUAAAAUUGAAAAAUAAUAUAAGAUAUCUAAAUGUAUCAUAUAUAUAUUUACUUUUUAUAUUUACUUUUUUUUCAGUAAAAUAUAUAUUUUUUUUUGUAAUUUUUUUCCUAUUUUAUAAAUAUGUAUUAUAUUAUCUUGUUUUUUUUUUAUACAAACAAAAUUUGAAAAUAUUUAAUGUUGUAUUAAAAAAAUUAUCUAUAUGUGAAUAUGAAAAUAUAGUAACAUUAGAUCAAAAUAAUAUAAUUAUUGAUGAAAUAUAUUCUAAAAUAUAUAAAAUAAUAAAUUCUAUACUUUAUAUACAUUUUUUUUUCAUGAAAAAUACAUUCUCUUAUUUUUUCCAUCAUCAUUGUUCUUUAUCAGCUCAUCAGUUAGGUGUAAAUUCCAAAGACAAAAAUAAAAAACUAAAUAAAUUUAAGGGAAAUAAUUUAAAACGUUUAUAUAUUUUAAAAGAUAUAUAUUUUAAUUUAUAUAUUUUGCUUUUUCAACUGAAAACCAAAAAGUCUAAUUCAUGGGAAGAAAAUCAAAAUGAAAGAAAAGAAAAAAUUUAUAAAAAUAUUAGACAAAUAUUCAAAGUUAAAUAUAAAAAUGAUUACAAAAUGAUGAAAAAAAAUAGUAGUGAUUAUAUAUAUAUAUUUUUUUUAUAUACAAAAAAAAUUAUUUUUAUAAUUAUAAAACGUUUAUUUUGUUUUCUUCACUUAUUUAUUUUUUCAGUUGUAUUUAUAUGGUAUUUAUUAAAAAGUUAUUUAUUUUUAUUAUUCUACAAAAAUGUUAUUAAAAAAAAUAAUAAAUUAAUUUGCUUACAAAAAAAUGAGUAUAUUGGUUCGCUAAAUAUUUCACAAACAAAUAAAGAAAUAAUAACAUUGUUAAUUGAUUCUUUAAUAUUAUUAAAAAGUUACAAACAAAAUGAAGAGCCAACAAAUAUAAUUUAUGAAUCAGUACAUAAAAAGUUAUAUGACUCCAUAAAUUUAAUCAAAACCGCCAAAAAGGUAAUGGAAAAUGAGAUGAACAAAAGAAAGCAAGUUGAAUCACAAAAAAUAGAAGAAAUAACUGAGAAUACGCUAAUUAAGGAAAAUGUUAAUAAGGAUAAUGCUAAUAAGGAUAAUGCUAAUAAGGAUAAUGCUAAUAAGGAUAAUGCUAAUAAGGAUAAUGUUAAUAAGGAAAAUGCUAAUAAGGAAAAUGCUAAUAAGAAAAAUUCACCAUUUAUAAUAAAUAACGAAGCUUGCAAAACAGAUGAUAUGUCUUAUUAUCACAUAUAUUAUUGCGUAAAUAAAGAAUUUGAAACAAAAAAUUCAUAUAUAAAUAAAGAAAAUGUGAAAAAUAAAUCAACACAUUUUAAUAAAUAUAAUGAAAAAACUACAAAUAACACUGACCCAUCAAAUAUACAAAAUCAGCAUGAACAUAUUAUUAGUUAUAAAAAUUAUUUAGAUGAAAAAUAUAAUGAAAAUUAUAAAUUAACAUGUGUACAAAAUAUGGUUAAUGAAUUAAAAGAUAAAUAUAAAAAACAAAAAAAUAAAGAAUAUAUAUAUGUAGAAAAAAAAUUAUACUAUGAUGAUAAAUGUAACGAUUUCUCCAUCAAACAUAUAUCAUCAAAUGAUUCCUUCUUAACAAAUAGGAAAAAUAUAAAUGUAAAAAAUAAAGAUUGUAAUAAAUAUGAUAUGAAUACAUACACUAAUAAUAAAUAUACUAUACCAAACAAUACCGAAAAUAUAUAUCAAUACGAAAAUAAAAAUAAUGACAAUAAUGAAAAUUCAAAUCUCAAUUUGCUAAUUCCAAUAAAGGAUCCUAAAGCUUUUCGGAAAAAAAUUACAAUGUCACUAAAACAACGAGGUGGAAAUCUCGAAAGUUAA